GGCUCACGCUGCGAUUCAAAUGGGAGCCUGCUCUAUAGAGAGAGAGAGAGCUCACGGCAUACGAAUGGACGUCCAGCUAGUGAACUGAUUGAAGAGUCGGUUUGAAAGAGCACACAGAUGAAAUUGCGGCUGGAAAAAUGUCAAGGAAGCAUGCAUCUACAUUUAAUGAGGGUCUUCAAAAAGAGUUUACAUUUCUAAAAAAGGAGUCAAUGACAGAGCCUAGUAAAGUGAGGUGUGAGAUUUGUGGAGCUCACUUUUCAAUCGCCCAUUGAGGCCGCACCGACUUCGUGCAGCAUGUUCAUUCAAAAAAGCAUGUGGAUGCUGCUAAAAGUGAGUGUGCCACACCAAGUGUUAGCGAUUUCUUUGUGAAGCAAAGUUCCGAAUCUGACAAGGUGCAUGCAAGUGAAGGACUUUUUGCUUAUCAUUCUGUUGUGCAUGACCAUGGCUUUGCACAUUCAUAACCUGAGAAAAGUCUUGCAGGCCAGGCUGGAGGAAUCAUUCAUACCCUCUGACAUUAAAAAGCAGUUGGAUGCCCUGGUUGAAGCUGGUGACAUGUGAGCGGAUAAUUUCUUUUGUGCAAUGAGAAUCUUUUAUUCAGCAUUGGUGGAUUACCUCCAAAAUGGGAGCCGCUCAUUGGAGAACACAGAAAAACUUGAGUGGGCCCUACUGAGAGACAUCCCAGAGCGGAAAGACAUUCAGAGCAGCCUCGAACCCUUCUCCAGAAUCCCUGCUCUCAGUUUGAUUGACGAAACCACACUCUUUGAUGAGUGGGCUUGGGCAAAAAACAUUGUCACUCAUCACAUCACUGAGUGAAACAUGAACAAGACUGCCAUGUCUGAGAGAUGGACAGACGUUUUUCGUGAGCUGGAGAGCAAGACCAUCAACUUCGGAGUCUUUCCAAGGUCGUGGAGUUUGUUUUAUGCCUGCCUGGGACAUCUGCAUUUGUGGAGUGUGUGCAUUAAUGAACACAGCAUGGACACCGAAUAAAUCUCGACUCAGUGUAACAGUCAUGAAGGCAAUGCUUUUCAUACGUCUUAAUUUUGGACUGGACUGCUCUGCAUUUUACGAUAAACUCUUGAAAGGCAAGCGCACACUGAGAAAAAUUGCUGCCAGCAAAAAGUACAAGGUGACAACAGUUACAGAUGCAGAUGCAACCUCUACUUCGCAUUGAUCGGCGCCUAGGUAAGGAUACCUUAAUUUCAUUAUUGCUGGGAGGGGGCUGUCCCAUUUUCCACAAGCAGGAAUCUGGUCACCCUAAAUCAGGCUUCCUCAAUAGGCGGCCCGCGAGAGAAAAAUGUUUGGCCCGCGCUUUCAAAUAGUGUUGUCAAGGUAACAUCAGUGUAAGCACGUCUCUGUCACGAAAAUUCAAAGGCAGCAUCAUGACAGCAUUAAUCUAACAGUGAAAACAUGGCGAGUGUGAAGAAAAGAAAAGUGGACACGGAAAAUAGACAAUUCAAAUGUGAAUGGACUGAACAAUUUCGUUUAAAGCUGACACUUUUUGAACGCGAUCUUCGAGGGAGAAAGCUACACUUUCCGCAUUGCAACAGCAUUGCGAGAAACACCAGAUGCGAGAGGACCCACUAAUGCGUGACUUCGUGAUGAGACUGGAAGAGAAUUUCAAGGAGCGAUUUGAGAGCUUUAACCUGUCAAGUGAACUACUUCUCUUCCUAAGACAGCCAUUUUCAGUCCCAGCAGGUGGGCAAUGGACUGCUGAGGCCAAACGGCUGGUUUCAUCCUUAGAUGAAGCAUCUUUGCAGUUGGAGAUUUUGGAAAUGUCAAAGUCUGAUUUGCUCAGAGAGCAACACAAGCAGGCUAGUGUUAGCAACUUUUGGACAAAAGUGGUUUCUCAAGCUAAAUUCAAGAACAGCAGAAUCACUGCAAUGUUCCUACUUUCAAUGUUCCCCUCCACUUACAUCUGUGAGUCAUCGUUUUCUAUAAUGGACAUCAUCAAGAACCAGGAUAGAAAUAGACUGUCCAGUGUGCAUCUUGAUCAGUGUCUCAGGAUUGCUACAACAGAAUAUAUAGCCCCAACAUCAGAGGUAUUGCUUCAGCCUGUCGCUGUCACUUCUCUCAUUGAAUGGGAAAUUGAAGAGAAGAGAUCCAGUCUGGAGAUGAGCAGGAGCAGUUGACUCGUGUGGCAGACAUGGAGAUCCAGAUUUUUUGUUUGUUCAUUUGUUUUUAAUAUUCAACAGGCAAAGUUCUUUAGUUUUCUGUAUCUGAAUACAAAAAUGUUCAUAAUUGUUUGAAUAAAAGACUACUGAGAAAUGUAAAAAAAAAAAAAAAAAAAUUAGAAUAUGUAUAUUGUGACUUUUACAUUUACAUUACAUUUAUGCAUUUGGCAGA